AUGGGUACACAGUCGGCGAUGGAUGUCCUCGAUGCAAUCGAAGAUGAGGACGCAGUUGUGGAUAAAAUCUUUAUUGCUCCACCCGUGGUCAGUGUGGAGUCUGACGAAGACACGGGCGAGGAAGACUGCGGAGGAACGUUCAAUAAUCUCUCGGGACGGCAGCUUAGCGCUCCCGCCGUGGUGGUCCUCGCCGACGGACGUGUGAUCGGAGAUGAUGAUGAUGGCGACACUGAGGAAGAAGAGGAGCCCCAACAGGCCUCCACCUCAAAGAAACGCUCGCAGAAAGAUGCGCCUCUCGCCGUCCCCACAAUUUUGGUUGGAAAGAGCGCAGUUCAGAAGCUGGACUUCUUCCUUUCUGAUGUAUAUCCUCACCUUGUUCGAGAGACCAUCAAGUAUGCGGCGGUGACUGACUCCAACUUCCAGCUCACCAUCGGAGAAUUGAAGCGCGUGGUGGGGAUCUUGCUGCUCUCGGGUUACCACCAGCUCCCCAGUCGCCGACACUACUGGAACACAGAUGAAGAUCUCCAUUGCGCCCUUCGUCGCUGGGCCAUGUCACGCAACAGGUUCGAGGAGAUCAUCCGCUACAUUCACUGUGCCGACAACGCGCACCUAAACAGCAGCGACCGGAUGACAAAGCUGCGUCCCAUGAUGGACAUCCUCAACGCUCGGUUCGGGGAGGCGUAUCCAAUGGACUGCAAUCUUGAUCUGGACGAGGCAAUGAUUGAAUACUUUGGAAGACACGGAUGCAAGCAAGCAAUCCGAAACAAGCCGGUGCGGUUCGGCUUCAAGGCCUGGUGCCUGAACAGUGGGACCAACGGCUUCCUGCUCCACUUCGACAUCUACCAGGGGGCGAGUGUAGAUGCCUCUGAAGUGGAACGCAAGUUCGGCAAGGGCGGUGGCACGCUCCUUCGACUUCUGGACAACCUCCCCGAUGCUGUGCGUGCACUUCCGCUACGCAUCUACAUAGACAACUACUUCACCGGCCUCCCGCUAGUUGCAGAGCUGCGCAGGCGGGGCUACGCUUGCACGGGGACGAUCCGAGAAAACCGCAUCCCGCCCUCUUGCCCGAUCACAGAUCAGAAGGCUAUGAAGAGGAAGCCGCGUGGUGCCGUGUCUGUCGUGUACGACACGGCAAACAAGAUUGCGCUCACUCGGUGGAAGGAUAACGCCGUGGUCACCAUCGCCUCCACCCUCGCCGCUGAGCAUCCUCUGCAGAAGGUGUCAUGCUGGUCAAGGCAGGAGAAGAAGAAGGUGGCAGUGGACCAGCCAUUUGUUGUCCAGCUGUACAACCGCAGCAUGGGCGGCACGGACCACGCCGACACAGAGCAAUCGGGCUCUACCGCAUCAACAUGCGCCGGGAAGAAGUGGUGGUGGCCGAUAUUCACCUGGAUGCUGGACGCGGCCGUCUUCAAUGCAUGGGUGCUGCACCGGCUUGGAUGA